UGGGGCGCGCUCGUAAUGUUUUCCAACGAAGCGCGAAGACGCGUCCGGGGCGUCUCCGUGGCAACGACGCGGCUUGACGCAGCCGUUCCCGCCCCUCCGGCCGGGAGCUCCCUGCUCGGAUUCAGCUGCACCCUCAGCAUCGGCGCUGGCGGCUUCAGCGGGCUUCACCUCUCCGUGGCAAACAGGUUGUACGAUGACGAGUUGAUGUGCGGCUGUCUGGACUUUCUAACCAGAAGACGAAUGAUGGAUGCAGCCUCGUCUCCACCGCUCGUGGCGAAUACACCAAAUCUUCUGGAGGAAGCAGACUGUGGGAAGAGGGCGGAUCUUCCCGGGGAUGACCACCUAACGGCGCUGAAGGCUUUGGCUGAGAAACUGAGGCUGGAGACCAGGAGGCCGUCUUACCUGGAGUGGAAAGCCCGACUGGAGGUCGAAAGCUUUAAAGAGUCGCGGACGGGAAAAUGCGGGCUCCAGGAGGAGCGGGAAGGGCAGCCAGUUGCAUGCAAAGAGAGUCAGCAAGAGCCGCCCUCAGGUGUGCUGAAGGGGUUUAAAAAUGCCGAUGAAGCACUUUCUUGGCUCAGAAGAGAGUUGACGGAUAUGCGCUUGCAGGACCAGCAGCUAGCCAGAGAGCUCAUCCGACUCCGGAGCGACAUCAACAUGCUGAAGGUGGAGCAGACGUGCCACCUGCACCGCCGCAUGCUCAACGACGCCACCUUCGGCCUGGAGGAGAAGGACGAGCUGUCCGACCUGCUGUGCGAGUGCCCCGUGACCCCGGGGCUCGGGCUCUCGGCCCCGCUCAGACUCAUCGGGGUCACUAAGAUGAACAUUAACUCUCGGAGGUUCUCGCUCUGCUAGCUGGAGCUUUGUGCAACAAAAGAAAGUAAUCGCUGAAAGCUUGCUUAGGAUUAAGUUUGAUUCUCGUGAACGGAAAAAAGGUCAACAGAUAGUGCGUUCGUCAUUAAAGUUCUUUGCUAAAGUAUUGAUGCCCCUCUGACUUUUGUGCAUGCAAAACACAAAUAAAACGUGGUGUCAGCAUGCUUUCACCCAGAGAAAGGAGGAAGCUUGUUAGAGUGGAUGGGAAGGUGGGUAGAGCUAAUUACGGCGCAUAAGUGGAAGAAAUCCUGACGUUGCAAAAGACCUGAAGCUGAGGCGAAGGUCGACAUUACAACAGGAAAAUGACCCAAUUUUCAAUACGUAAACCUUUUGUUUUUUUUAAAGAAACGAUGUAGAAAUUUCCUUUGAUUUCACAAUUAUGUUCUACUUUGUGUUGUUGUAUCAUAAAAAAAAAAACAAUUAUGCUAAAUUGAACUUUGUGGUUGUGAUGUGACACUGUGCCCACUGCUAUAGCUGUUCAAUUACAUGAACUGCCCCACAAAUAAGAGCUUCU